CUCAGCUCCUCAUGGGGUUCGCGGCUGUGCUGGAUGACCAUAGCAAUAAUCUCGAUGAUCAUUAUCAAUUAUCUGUCUGAUUAUGAUAUAUUGUUCAUGGUAGCUCUCAGAUAUCGAUUGCAGUGUCUAUCACUGGUAAGGCUGAUGGUUGACGAGGGCCAUACAAUCAGAUGGGCCUGGGUGCAAAGAUUUCUUUUCAUACUGAUUGCAAAUUUUAUGGGAGGUGCUGGGAGUACUACCUGGAGUUGGCGAGUCGGACAGCUGCGGACGUGCAAGCUUUCGAUGAUCGCGUGGGUGUUGACGGAUGGCCGGGCGCCUGCCGAACAUUAAACGUUAAACGAUGAUAAUUUGAACUCAGC